AUGUCUGCCAUUAGCCUUAACUGCCGAUUUGUAUGUUGCCUAGAUACCAAAACCGAGAUACGGAAUUACAAGGACGAACGUGAAAUAGAUGCUCAUUUCCACGAUUUCAAAAAAAAUCAAUUUGAUUUGGUGUUCGUUAUUAUACCAAAUGUCGGGCGCUGUUAUGAUGUCGUGAAGCAAAAGGCUGAGCUGAAGCACGGCAUUCUCACACAAUGCAUCAAGCAGAUAACAGUCGAGCGUAAAUGCAACCCGCAGUGUAUUGGUAACGUUCUACUUAAGGUCAAUUCCAAGCUGAACGGUAUUAAUCACAAGCUAAGGGAUGACCCGCGCUGUCUGUUAAAGAACGCAAUGUUUUUGGGUGCCGAUGUGAGUCAUCCGUCGCCCGAUCAGUGGGAGAUCCCCAGUGUGGUGGGUGUUGCCGCCUCCCAUGAUCCAUUCGGGGCUUCAUAUAACAUGCAAUAUCGCUUGCAACGCUCUACCCUGGAGGAGAUCGAGGACAUGGAGUCGAUAACCCUGGAGCACUUGCGUGUUUAUUAUCAGUUCCGGAAAUCCUAUCCCGAGCACAUCAUCUAUUACCGUGAUGGUGUCGGCGAUGGUCAGUUCCCCAAGAUCAAGAGUGAAGAGUUGAGAGGAAUUUCUGCGGCCUGCUGCAAGAUGCACAUUAAACCCAAGAUUUGCUGCGUCAUUGUAGUUAAGCGGCAUCAUACGCGCUUCUUUCCGAACGGAGCUCCAUCGCAAUAUAACAAGUUCAACAAUGUCGAUCCGGGAACCGUCGUAGAUCGCACAGUUGUCCAUCCCAAUGAAAUGGAGUUCUUCAUGGUCAGCCAUCAGGCGAAUCAGGGGACGGCCAAGCCGACGCGUUACAACGUAAUUGAGAAUACGGGCAACUUGGAUAUUGAUGUACUGCAGCAAUUGACAUACAAUCUUUGUCACAUGUUUCCUCGUUGCAACCGCGCAGUGUCUUAUCCGGCUCCGGCAUAUUUGGCACAUUUGGCUGCGGCACGUGGACGUGUCUACCUCACUGGCUCCACCAAGUUCCGUUCUCCACAGGAGGAGUACGCAAAGCGUUUGAUUGUUCCAGAGUUCAUGAAGACGAAUCCUAUGUACUUCGUGUAG